UGCGCGCGAGCAACAUUGAUUCUGGAGUUCCCCGGUGGCGGGGAUACAUUUUUCGAACGUCCCGGGAUACCAUGUGAAACAGCUGCAGUGUUAAUGAGCUUCAUUCAUCUGAUUUGAAGACGAUACCGUCCUACAAGCUGACGUAAUAAUAUUACAAUGAAAGGAUACAUUUUCUUAGGGUUUAUGAAAGUCUCAAUACUGUACAGUCACCAGGGGGCAUAGCCUACGCACAAUAAUACACUUCAGGAAACAUAAUUAGUUCAACAUUUUGUCAGUAGUGAAAUCUAAAUGCAAACGGAUUCUUUCGGAAGACUUUUUUGAUGUGACUUUAUGUAAAUGUCAUCUAAGGAGCACCGUAACGGCGAGCUAUUUUGAAGAUUUUCAUAUUGUAAUUUUGUUGCGGGAGGGUUUGUGCAGCCCGUCUCUCAGGCGUUGUUGUGAAUUGAUCUAACAUGGCGACUGUACCAGUUUAUUGCAUCUGUAGAUUACCUUACGACGUAACCCAGUUUAUGAUCGAAUGCGAUGCCUGCAAGGACUGGUUUCACGGCAGCUGUGUCGAGGUGGACGAAGAUGAGGCUCCAGAUAUUGACAUCUAUCACUGUCCCAACUGUGAGAAGACCCAUGGCAAGUCUACAUUGAAAAAGAAAAAGAACUGGAACAAGCAUGACACAGGGCAAAGCACUGAUGUCAAACCUGUCCAAAAUGGCAGUCAGGUGUUCAUCAAGGAGCUUCGAAGUAGGACAUUCCCCAGCUCUGAAGAUAUUGUGGUGAAGCUGAAUGGAAACCAGCUGACCUUGGAGUACCUGGAAGAGCAUGGAUUCACAGAACCCAUUCUGGUUAUGAAGAAAGACGGUCUGGGUAUGACAAUGCCAGCGCCAACAUUCUACGUUAGUGACGUAGAGAACUAUGUCGGUCCAGAUGUUGCUGUAGAUGUUGUUGAUGUUACCAAACAGACUGAAAGCAAGAUGAAGCUCAAGGAGUUUGUCGAUUAUUACUACAGCACAAACAGAAAGCGUGUAUUAAAUGUGAUCAACUUGGAAUUUUCUGAUGCAAGAAUGUCGAGCAUAGUGGAGAGUCCACAGAUUGUGCGGAAGCUGUCCUGGGUGGAGAACUACUGGCCAGAUGACGCCCUGCUGGGGAAGCCCAAAGUGACCAAGUACUGCCUGAUCUGCGUGAAGGACAGCUACACCGACUUCCACAUCGAGUGCGGCGGAGCCUCCGUCUGGUACCACGUUCUCAAGGGGGAGAAGAUCUUCUUCUUAAUCAAGCCCACCUCUGCCAACCUAGCCCUGUAUGAGCGCUGGAGGUCCUCAUCCAAUCACAGCGAGAUGUUCUUCGCCGAUCAGGUGGACAAGUGUUACAAGUGCACCCUGAAGCAGGGGCAGACCCUGCUUAUUCCAUCAGGGUGGAUAAAUGCAAUACUUACUCCAGUGGACUGUCUGGCCUUCUCUGGCCACUUUAUACACAACCUAAGUGUGGAGAUGCAGAUGAGAGCAUACGAAGUGGAAAAACGGCUGAAGGUUGCCAGCCUCACCCCCUUUUCCAACUUUGAGACGGCGUGCUGGUACACGGGGCGGCAUCUGCUGGAGCGGUUCAAAAGUUUACACAAGGGCAACAAGCAGCCAGCUCCGUACCUGAUACACGGGGCCAAAAUCAUCAACGGAGCGUUCAGGUCAUGGACUAAGAAACAGGCUCUUCUGGAACAUGAGGAUGAACUUCCUGAAAAUAUGAAACCAGCACAACUAAUUAAAGACCUUGCCAAAGAGAUCCGGAUUUCAGAGAAUGCCACAAAAGCCAUCAAGGCCGAACCCAGCAGCAAGGCACCGCCCGAGGAGCCCCCUCCGCCCCCCCCGGAACCAGAGGAGCCCAUGUCCCCCGCCCACAUCCCCACCCCGCCCAGAGAAAAAACCUCCCGAAAGAAGACCCCAAAACCCCCGAAACCGCCUAAACCACCCAAGCCCCCCAAACUCCCAAAGACCCCCAAAGUGAAGGAUGGAGGGAAGAAGAAAGGGAAGAAAGCGAAGGACGGUGGCGUCGUGCCCAAGGCCUCCAGCCUGGCUGCUCUGGAGUCCCAUGCAAAAGACAUCCUGACCAAGAUGGACCAGCCCAAGAAAGGGAAGGCUACCAAGAAUGUUUUAAGUAUGUCGGAGAAAGAGAUAAGCAAGCAGAAUGAUGUUGAAAAGUUCGAAAUGCGAGAGCAGAACAAGAACAAAACAGAGGCAAAAUGGAAGUACAAGAACAGUAAACCAGAUUCCUUGCUAAAAAUGGAAGAAGAACACAAAUCUGAGAAGACGCCGCUGUCAGGAAAUAAAGACAACAAAUUUGCCUUUUCCUUUUCUAAUAAAAAACUGCUGAGCUCGAAAGGCCUCAAACCCCAGACCAACUCCGGCAUCUUCGGAUCGUUACAAAACUUGAAAGAGGACAAAGGCAAACCGGUGAGGGACGAGUACGAGUACGUAUCAGACGAGGGAGAGCUGAAGAUCGACGAGUUCCCCAUCCGGAGGAAAAAGAACGCGACAAAAAGAGACCUGUCCUUUUUAUCAAACAUUAAAGAACCUGUUCAACCAUCCAAAAAACCAAAGCUUCUGUCUGCAGCUCCCAAGAAAGUAGAGUCAUCAGAUGAGGAAUCACUCCAUAUAGACACAGAGGCCAAGCCAGAAGUCAAAGGUCGGAACUCAAAGGUCAAGAAGGAAAGCGGCAGUGCGGCAGGUAUUCUGGACCUGCUGCAGGCCAGCAAGCAAGUGGGUGGCAUCGACUACAGUGCCAACAGUCAGCCACCUGCAUCCCCCAGCACACAGGAGGCCAUUCAGGGCAUGUUGUCCAUGGCUAACCUGCAGUCUUCAGAGACCUGCCUGCAACAGUCCUGGAGCAACAGCCAGUCCAAGAGCAACUCGCACUCGGCGCAGUCCGGCAAGAAGGCCGGCGGCGGCGGCAACAACAAGCGGCCGGCCAAGCGCCUGCCGAAGAAGAGCCGGAAGAGCGUGAGCGUGGACAGCGCCGAGAUGUUCGACGACGACCAGGACCACCUGGACGCCUGCUUUAAGGACUCUGAUUACGUUUACCCGUCUCUGGAGUCGGAGGAAGACAAUCCCAUUUUCAAAUCCAGAUCGAAGAAGCGGAAAAACUCUGACGACACUCCGUAUAGCCCAACAGCACGGGUCGGGCCCUCGGUCCCGCGACAGGAAAGGCCGGCGCGGGAGGGGGCGAGAGUGGCGUCCAUAGAGACGGGUCUGGCGGCCGCCGCAGCCAAACUGUCCCACCAGGCUUCUCUGUCGGGAAAAAGAAAUGGGCAGAAGUCACCUGGCGCCUGUUUCUGUGAUCAGGUGAUCCGGCAGGGCGGGGCCGUCGGACGGAGACGCGCUCACCUGGCCGUUCUCACGCGCGCGUCUCUCUUUCGCAGGAGCAGCAGAAGACGAAGAAGAAGAAGAAGAGCACCAAAAAGAAGGCCUUGCAGGAGGAGCCCCGCAAGGUGUGCCAGGACACCAGCUCUCCGGAGCCCGCCCUGGACGCGCAGGACAGCAGCCUGGCGGACCACGAGUACACGGCCGGCACGGGCAAGGCGGCGGGCGGCUCCCAGCCCAUGGCGCCGGGCGUGUUCCUCACCCAGAGACGGCCCUCCACCUCCUCCCAGAACGCCUCCUCCGCCAAGGGCGAGCGUGGGGUCACAGCCGAGGCCAAAGCCAAGCGGCUAAAGAAAGGCAUGGCCACAGCCAAACAGAGACUGGGAAAGAUCCUAAAAAUCCACCGGAAUGGGAAGCUUCUCCUGUGAGCGGGGCCGGGACGGCCCCCCCCCCCCCCCCCCCCCACCCCCCAACCCCAUUACUCCUCUCUGAUCAUGGACAACAGCAGCAAAAACUACCACACAAAAAGAGGAGUAAAACAGGUUACAUUAUCAGUUUCUAAGAAGACCAUAGUUCAGAUAGGUUUUUGCCUCUACUUAUACUUUAUAACUUUCAGAUAUUAAAGUGUACAGAAUACCUGCUAUAAAUAUUUUUUAAGAAAUACAUGUGUCUCAUUUUACUACAGCUGUCAGUCUAUCAGGGGUUGCUAAAAACUAAAUUUCAAAAGGAAAAAAAACAUUGCAGUCAUUCCAAGUCCCAGAAAGUAUCCCUUGCAUGUUGUCAAUUUCAUGCAUGCACAUUUUGUUUUAGUUUUCAUUAAGGGGGAGUGGGGAUGGCAUAUAAGUAAAGUCCUAGAAUUCAUUCCUCCAAUUUGGAUUUGGCUUGUCACUGUCAUGAAUUGAAUGUUUACCAGUGGGGCAUAUUUUAGUACAAAUGAACCCUCUUACCCCUCCAAUCUCCCCCCAUUUUCCUGGGUUUUAGCCUUUUGUUAAAAUAUUAACUGAUGAGAUUGAUUGAUUUAUUAUUGACUUACUUUUUUUGCUAAGCACUAUCAGUAAAAUAUUUAUUGACGUGAAAUCAUUUUUAACGUCUUAGAUAGGUUAAUAAAAGCCAAACGGCACUUGCAAAAGAAAUCAACAAAGCACUAAGAUGAAAGUCAUUUUGUGAGCCGCGCUAAACUCUUACGUUCACAAAAUAAUGGCCUAGUCACACCGGGCCAGAUGCAUUCUUAUUCUGAAGCUUAGCAAACGCUGAAACAAUUUUGAAAAUGCACAGCCUAACAUAACCUAAAUAAGCUGUCCAGCCAAGGGAAAGUAUAUGUUGAUCACUGUUCAUAAAUCAAAUGUGCAAGUAUACGUACUGCAAGCUAGUUCAUAUUUUAAGCCCAUUUAUUAAAUUAAUAACGGGGGGCUCCCAUGCAUAAAUAAUAAUAUAUAGGUUGAAGCCGUCUGCAAGAAACAGCAACAGCACAAAAUCAUGUGUAGACACUGCAUUGAAAUUCAGUAUUUCAUCAUUUUGGUAUUGUCAUUCUAAAUGAAAUAUCGCAUUCCACAGGACAGUGUUACACUGAUCCUAGAGGAUUUGUUUUAAGUAAACACACAGAAUUUUAGCCCAGCCCCAUAUCGAACGAAUCUUCUGAAAGACUUCUAUAUCAAAUUGAAGUUACAGUAUAUAUGUGGCACUUCUGUUUGUAUGAGUGCAUGUCUGCACGUCUACACGUAUGCGUGUGGGCAUGUACAUAUGUGUCUGUGAGAGAGGGGAGAGAGAGAGAGAGAGACCUUCCGUUUGCUUCACUGUUAUGUCACAUAUUGCGUGGUCACAUGUUUCUCCCGAGAAGGAACUGUUACGGUGACAGUUCUUGAGAAAAUCAGUAUUAUAGACACAAACUUUAAAUUUGCUUUUGCACAUUUAGAACAGCUCAAAUAAGGCAUAUUUAUUCAAUAAUAACACUAAAUGAAUGGGACCUAUAACUCUGACAAGCCUCAUCAUCCAAAAUUAUUAUUGUUAUUAUUAUUUUUAUUUUUUUUAACAUGGGGAUACUUUCUUAGUAAUGUUUGUUUCACAGGCAGCACCAAUUAUUGUAGAUUGAAAUAUGCAUUUAUAUUACAUUGCAGUACAGUAUGUAGAAUGUAGCUUGUAUAUAGCUUUUUAAAUUACUACUUUUUGUAUCAGUUUUCUUUUUAUUAAUACUUCAUUAUGUUUUUACUAGUUUUUUGCAAAUUAUAAACAAAAAUAUAUAAAUAUGUAGUCUCUUUUUUCAUUGUAUUAGAAACACAGUAGAGCUGUUUUUAUUUUAACAGUUUUAACAUUCAUUUUAUUUUAUUAGACUUAAGGUGUUGCCUGGAAAACAAAACAAACAAACAAAAAAAAACAUUCAAUGUUGUAUGGCCUUACACACACAAUGCUAACUGUAUUGUACAAAUUCAGCUGAAACGAGAGAGGAAGCAUUGAGGAGAACUAACAGAAACGCUUCCAUUCCAUGACCAGCCUCUUCUUCUUGUCCUCGUACCCUGAUGGGAUUCAGAAUUAUUUUACUAGCACCUUGUGAAGUGUUUUGUGUCAGUGAUGUAAUUUAUUAAUGUUUGUAGCCUUUUAUAUUUGUACAUUUCUCAAGAGCUUUGUUUUUAAAUAUUUUAUCAGCCUGUGAAACUCUUCCUGUAGGAAUCUAGUAUCAGUAAGUAUAAGACAGAACCCUGUGGCCUCACUGAGGCACUAGAAGAUCCAUUUUUUAGUAUGAAUAUGAUUUACUGAAAAUACAACUGUAUUUUUUUUUUUUACUUUGUCAGUUAUUGCAGUUAACAGGUCACCAGAUUAAUACAUUAUUAUUAUUUUUAUUAUUAUCAUAAUUAUAAUAAUAAUAAUUAUUAUUAUUAAGCAGCUAUGUGGUAUAACCCAGCCAUUCACGCCUUUGAUUUUAUUUUGGUAAUACCGUAUAUACAUUUCUUACAAGGUUUGCUGUGGUAAUCUAUUGCAGCGUUUUAGUUACCAAUGUAAAUCUUGUAUCUGCUUCUCAGAAUUGAAAUACUCAGAUCAAACUUUGUCAAUGGAACUAUUUCAGGUUUUUAUUUGUACAAAAUGUGUUUUGCUUUGUUGUGGUUUAUUUUUAUAUGUUCAGCCCAUUAAAUACAUGCACUGCACUGGGGCAGUGUAAGAUCCA